ACUUACCUAUCCCUAAUUUUAAUGUUUACAUUUUUAGCACGUGUAGCUGUAGCAUUUUAAACAUAGAAUUUUUGUUAGUUUGAAUAAAAGGACGAAAAUAAAAAUGCCGGCAUUGGAAGAAAAACCCCGAUUGUAUAUGGACGAGUAUAAACUCAAACAGGAUCCUCACGAUUAUGGCCUGGCAGAUGAGCCAAUUGAUAUUGAAACAUACAAGGCAAAAAUGAGAAUUGUGAUUGUCAGAUAUGAAGGUGAUGAACUAGAGUUUGACUUAAUUGGCGUGCAUCCAGCUUUUGCCAAUGCUUUUCGCCGAUUAAUGCUUAGUGAAGUUCCUAGCAUGGCCUUUGAGAAAAUCUAUAUUUACAACAACACAUCUAUUAUACAAGAUGAAGUGUUGGCCCAUCGUCUUGGCCUGAUACCAUUGAAGGCAGAUCCUCGUUUGUUUGAAUAUCGUAGCGAAGAAAAUGAACAGGGCACCGAGCAUGACACACUGGAGUUUGAAUUAAAGGUGAAAUGUACGCGACGCAAAGAUGUUAAAGAUUCUUCAAAUUUCGAUACAAUCUAUAAAAAUCAUAAAGUACAUUCGGGACAAAUUAAAUGGUUGCCACGCGGCAAACAGGCCCAGUUGUACUCCGAGUCCGAUGUUGGUUGCAUACAUGAUGAUAUUCUAAUAUCACAAAUGCGUCCCGGCCAUGAGUUUGAUUUGAAAAUGGUUGCCGUUAAAGGUAUUGGCAAAGAUCAUGCCAAAUUUUCUCCAGUGGCAACGGCAUUUUAUAGACUGUUGCCCGAGAUAAGAUUGACACGUGAAGUCAAGGGCAAAGAUGCCCAACUCCUGCAAAAAUGUUUUUCACCUGGAGUCAUUGGCAUAGAUGAGAACGAUGUGGCCUAUGUUAAAGAUGCCCGUUAUGAUACGUGCAGCCGUAAUGUCUACCGUUAUCCACAAUUGGCCGAUUCGGUUGAAAUGUCAAGGGUGCGUGAUCAUUAUAUUUUUAAUGUCGAAUCGGUUGGUGCACUCAAACCCGAUGUCAUAUUCGUUGAAGCUGUAAAAGUAUUGAAAAAGAAAUGUCGCAAAUUUCUGGAAGAAAUUGAAGCAGCGUAGAUAUAUAAAUAUUUUAUGUUUACACCAAAUGUAUGGCUAUAAAAUUGUUUAAAUUGUACUCCUAGGAAAUAAAAAUUUUAAAUUUAA